AAGUGCAGAAUACGCACAACGUUGUGUACACUAAAUCCAUACAAAUCUUAUUGCAAACAUUAUUCAUAAAUAAACAUUACUAAAUAGUUGAAAAACAGAGGAAAAAUUAAAAAAUUCGACAAAAGUAUUUGUAUUUGAAAAUUUGCAAAAAAUAAACGUUUUUAAAAACGUGUAACAAGAUGGAAAACAGUGGUGAAAGUGGCGACGACGGAGGUCCUCUAGGUUCAUCGACUUUUCUCGGUGAUGGUGGAAUGACCGGUAAUUAUAUCGGUGGUGACUUGGAAGAUGAUCCAGAAAAUACUGACGAUUCUAAUCAUGGAAGUAGUGACCCCCUACAAGGUGGUGGAGGUGGAGGUCGUGCUGGUCCCCUACGAGAACAAGAUCGUUUUCUUCCCAUAGCAAACGUAGCAAAAAUAAUGAAGAGGGCAAUUCCUGAAUCGGGUAAAAUAGCCAAGGAUGCACGUGAGUGUGUACAAGAAUGUGUUUCAGAAUUUAUCUCAUUUAUCACGUCGGAAGCAAGCGACAGAUGUCAUAUGGAAAAACGAAAAACCAUUAACGGGGAGGAUAUACUUUUUGCAAUGACAACACUCGGUUUUGAUAAUUACGUUGAACCACUUAAACUUUAUUUGCAAAAGUAUAGAGAAGCGACAAAAGGUGAUAAUCCACCGGGAACAACGUCAGGCAAUGGCGAAAGAAAAAGUGAAUCGGCUCAUUCAACAAUCUAUGAGGAACAACUUUUCACCAUACAAGCAGCACCUGACGCAACAACCUCCGAUACACCUGUUAUCUAUAGUUAUUCCACAUCUGAUCAAAUGCACUUCCAAUUAUCUUGAUUGUCAACGAAUGGCACACCUCUAUCUUCCUUUCUUUGAAACUUUAAAUAGACAUUUUAAUUAGAGAGAUAGAGAGAGAGAGAGGGGGGAAGUAAAAAAAAGAGUAAAUGGAAGUAAAUCUUAAAUAUGUAAAAAUAAUGAAUCUUUUUCUAAACGUGAUUGAGUGAAUGUAAAUGAGUAAAAUUCACCUAAUAGGGUACUGCGACAAUAUUUUAUUCCUUAAAAAAAAAGUUGAAUCGAAAGACUGAAUAACCUUGCCAAAAUAAAAAAAUAGGCAAGAAUUACCAAAAGUCCCUUUGACCAAAAAAUUGUCGCAUAACCUUAAUUUUUGUCGCUAUUGCAAAGUUAGAAGAAAUUUUUUUUUUAUUCUAUAAAAUAACGGGGCGCAUGAUUGCAAACCAAAUUAUCAUCUUUAUAAUUGUUAUUUAACGGAACUUUAAACUUUAUAAUCAUUUACUCGAAUGUAAGGUAUCUAUAAUUUAAUGUUAACAUUAUUACGAUAUUUAUUAUUUUUUCCAAUUGAAAAUAAUUAAAUAAUAUAAAAUAAUUGUAUUCUAAUUAUUUUUUUACAGAUUUUCCAAGUAUUAUAAAUAU